UGAUGACGACGGUAGUGUUUAUUUGGUCUUUUGAUCAGCAAUUCAGUUUACUUUGCACGGAAAUGUUUAACUAAUGGUGCUUGAAAGCGAGAUGGAUAGAACAAUAUUAAACAAAUGAUAGCUAAAGACUCGAUCUUGAUUAUGUCAAAAAUUGUGAAAGGUGUUGAAUGAGAAUUAAUCAAUCAGUUAACACUAAAGGACUUCUACAGCUGUCUUCUCUUAGUUGGACAUUGCCUUAUAUUUGGUAUCAGAAGAAAAAGAGCCCCGAAUUCUAAGUGUGAAGCGUCAAGAUGACGGUGAUCUUGUGACAUUAGCGAACAAGACUGAUUGCUCUUCCUUCGAUGCCCAUUGUUAUCGUAAAAAUUUUAGACAGACUGUUCCAAGGGCGUGCGAAAAAUGUAAAUGUUCUGAGGCACACGCCACUUAUUUUUCAAAUGUGAGGCAAUGUAUGAAUAUAAAAGAUAUUCCUAAUGAGGUAUGCCCUACAAGGAAUGCACAACUUUUCCCUCAAGUUUUUAUGUUGAGUAAAUUCGGUGAAGCGUUUAGCAUGAAAGCCUAUCAUUGUAAAAAGCAAAGAAAUUAUAGAUAUCCUUCAUUGUAUUCCGUAAGCUCGGACAAUGAUACAAAAUCAAGUUGGUUCGGAACAAAACUUAAAGGAAUUCAUUUCUCGUUGGUAAAAAAGUUUCAAAAAAAUAAUCGUCCCAAAGAUUGGCGGGUAAAAUUCAAGGACAGAUCGAAAAUAUAUACCACGUACGCUGGAAAAAUAAUACAAUUGCAAUUUAGAUGCAAAUUGAGGAGGAAUAAAAGAAAAUACAGCGAUAUAUGCCUCAUAUUCAAAAUAGCUAAUACUGAAAGUUUUGAACUGAAAACUUCAACGACGCCCACAGAAACUUUAUCAACACCUAAUCAAAAUAUUACUCUUGCAAGGAUUACUGAGUCGAUUUUUACACCAACGAAACCAACAAGUGCUUCAGGUAACAUAACAGCAAACAGCAACAAAAACAUUGAUCGCAUGAAUAUCACUUCGAUUUUCCUCAUAAUAAUCAUUGUGGCUUCGGCUGUUAUAGUACUCUUUACAGCGGUAAUUGUUUUUGUUUGUUACAAAAGGAGAAGAACAACUGCAUCCAACAGGCCCAAUAACAGAAAUAGGAAAGAGAACGUUGAAAACGAAUACGACAUACCUAUAAUUUCUACAUCAACCAAUGUUAACGGUGGAGAAAAUGGACGAGUGAGUCAAACCUCGCGUCAACCUGAAUCUGUUAUCGAUGGGUCUUACGUAGAACCGAUCAACUACAGUCCGCACAGUAGUGAUGUGUAUGAUCAGCUGAACUUUGAUGAUAUGAGAAAAGAUUCAAAUAAUCAUUAUCAGGCUCUAAUACUAAAUUAAUAAGUAUAUUGAUUGAACCAGUUAAAUUUUUAAGAUCAAUAAUUAAAGUAGGGUGUUAAAAUAGACAAAAAAUGCACAAUGAAUGGUUUAAAGAUUAUUUAGGGCACAAGAAUGCUUCAGUGGGUUAUAAAAUAUUUUGUUGUUUUUAGCACAUGAAUAAUUGUUCAAUGCAAUACAGUAAAAAUUUCA